UUUGCACAGAUAGAAAGAUGGCCUAUCAGAAGGUCAAUGCAGAUCAAAGAGCUCCAGGACACUCACAGUACUUAGACAAUGAUGACCUUCAGGCCACUGCCCUUGACUUAGAGUGGGACAUGGAGAAGGAACUGGAAGAGCCUGGUUUUGACCAGUUCCAGCUGGACAGUGCUGACAGUCAGAACCUGGGGCAUUCAGAGACUGCAGACCUCAAUCUUGAUUCCAUCCAACCAGCUGCUUCACCCAAAGGAAGGUUCCAGAGACUUCAAGAAGAAUCUGACUACAUUACCCAUUACACAAGACCUGCACCAAAGAGCAACCGCUGUAACUUUUGCCAUCUUUUAAAAGUAUUUUGCACAGCCAUCAUUUUAUUUAUUUUUGGAAUUUUGAUAGGUUAUUAUGCACAUUCAAAUUGUCCUUCAGAUGCCAUGUCUUCAGGAACAGUUGAUCCUCAGUUAUACCAAGAGAUUCUCAAGACAAUCCAAGCAGAAGAUAUUAAGAAGUCUUUCAGAAAUUUGGUGCAACUCUAUAAAAGUGAAGAUGACAUGGAAAUCUCAAAGAAGAUUAAGACUCAGUGGAUUUCUUUGGGCCUAGAAGACGUACAGUUUGUAAAUUACUCUGUGCUGCUUAAUCUGCCAGGCUAUUCUCCCAACACUGUGACUCUGAGCAGCAGUGGUCAAUGCUUUCAUCCUGAUGGCCAGCCUUGCAGUGAAGAAGCCAGAAAAGAUAGCAGCCAAGACUCGCUCUACUCGUAUGCAGCCUAUUCUGCCAAAGGAACUCUCAAGGUAAUAUGAUCAUUUGUCUCUGUCAUUUA